GAAAAUGCCGGCCAUUUUGGUCGCCUCCAAGAUGAAGUCGGGAUUACCCAAGCCUGUCCACAGCGCGCUGCCCAUUCCCCAGUCGCCCAGCCAUAGACGAGCCGGUCAGAACAGCAGCCCAAAGCCCAGCCACCCCAGCCUUAUCCCUCUGAGGACUCCACUCUCUAGGAGGCACAGCCAGGGCGUCGGAGCGCCACAGAUGAAGAGCCAGCAGGCCAAGGAAAAGGCACCGGACCCCCAGAUUUACACAGACUGGGCGAACCACUACCUGGCUAAGUCAGGUCAUAAGCGACUGAUAAGGGACCUCCAGCAGGACGUAGCGGAUGGGGUGCUGCUGGCCGAGAUCAUCCAGGUCGUAGCCAAUGAGAAGAUUGCCGACAUCAACGGUUACCCCGAAAGCCGCUCUCAGAUGAUCAAGAACAUAGAUGCCUGCCUUGGCUUUUUGGCAGCUAAGGGAGUGAAUAUAAAGGGGCUCUGUGCUGAAGAGAUCCGCAGCGGCAAUCUGAAGGCCAUUCUGGGCCUGUUCUUCAGCCUGUCGCGCUACAAACAACAACAACAGCAACAAAAACAACAGCAGCAACAGCAGGAUGCACUGAAGCACGCCAACCACGACACCCAGAGUGACCAGGCCACCCAAACCCUACAGAGCGCAAACCCUGCCCAGCAUUGCCCCAUCCACAGCCAGCAGCAGCAGCAAACCCUCAGCGCUCCACUGCCCAACACUCACGGGGACAUGCAGUCCAGGCUGCCAGGUCCGUCGGUCCGUGCAGGAGGAACAGGCACUGAAGCCAAGUUACGGAAGUCCAGCAGCAGACGCAGCCAGAGCUUUAACCACUGUGACAAAACCAAAACAGCAGCACCAGCCUGUUCUCAGCACACAGAUAAAUCAAGUCCUCCUCCCAUAAUGGUUGACCAAGGGCCUCCUACUUCUCCUGUGCCUCCAACCAGCACCAAUGGAGCCACCAGUAGUACCACCAACACCAAAGGAUGGAGGAGCAAGUCCCUCAAUGCCAAACACAGUGCUACCUCCUCCAUGUUGUCUGUCAAACAUCCAUCCUCAGCUUCCCUAGAGGCUCCUCCCAAAGUCAUUGCCCAGAAGUCCAUGCUGGACAAGCUGAAGCUCUUUAACUCUAGACCCAGUUCUCGUGCUUCCAGCGUUACUUCUCUAGAAGAACCAGAAACUCUGCCUCCAGAGCCAGAUAGAGGAAAUGUUUGUCCUAUUCAUCCUGAAGGCCAGUCAGGUAACCAGCGGUCAAACAGCACCAGCCCUAAGUUGGCUCUGAAAGGUAUUGCCCAAAGGACGCUGAGUAGAGCUCUGGCACCCAAGAUCAGCUCUGCCAAGGCUGGCGAGAAGGACAAGGACAAGGGAAAGCAGAAGGGAAAAGAAAAAGCCAUGAAACAAUCUUCUGGUGUGGAUCAAGACCAGAUAAGGCAAGAAAGAGAAGAAACCAAAAGUGAAGAAAAUGUGAAGAAAUCCAAUUCUAUCCCCAAAGGGACUAAGGGCAAUAGCAAUGCUAAGAAAGAAGCCUCCUCUGCAUCACAGAGCGGUAUACCCAAACCAGGGCAUGCUGGGAAGGGCCCUGGGUUGGUGAAGGCCACAGUGGCGACCCCUUGUGGAAAAGAAGGGGAGCGUUCUCGCAGUUUUAGGGCUGGAGGGAGCGUAUCGUUGCACAAGUGUCCGAUGGAGAACAAAAACUCCAGCUCUACCUCUAGUUUGGCGUCAUCAGAGGGUAGGUGCAGUCAGAAUAGCACAUGCAGCACCAUUCAGUCCACAGCCAGCAACACAGCCAAUGUGCAGCUUCCUCAACCACAGGCACAGUACAGCCAUCCCAACACUGCUACAGUUGCACCCUUCAUGUACAGGUCUCAGACAGACAUGGAUAAGACCGGACUGAUGGAGGGUGGAGAUGUGAAGAAGGAGAGAUCCGUCCUUCACAGCAAAUCCAUACACACAUCUUUAGAAAGCCUGACAGGUGAAGAUCCAGAGAGCAGGAGGCUGAGGACUGUGAAAAACAUUGCUGAUCUGAGACAGAACCUGGAGGAGACCAUGUCCAGCCUGCGGCACAUGGCACACAUCAGCCACAGCACCCUGGAAACGACUUUUGACACCUGCGUAACCACAGAGAUCAACACAAGGGGCCUGCUGGCUCUUAGCCCCCGUCCCGCUUCAACAUUACCGUGGCGCCUGGGCUCAUCCAGCCCUCGUCUUCAGGCGGGCGAUGCCCCCUCGUUAGGGACUGGAUACGGGCAGCAUAAUGGCCGCUUCCGGCAGAAAAACUCCACCAAUGCCGCUGACCUUUGUGACCUGAAAGUUUCCAACAAGGUGGAGGACCUGGAGGGUAUUGCUGUGGAUGCUACAGGGUAUAUGAGCGAUGGAGAUGUCCUGGGCAAGAGUGUGAGGACAGGCAGCGCCACCAGCGGCUACAUGACAGACGGAGGGCUGAGUUUGUACUCACGGCGGCUGACCCGGGUUCCGGACAGUACAGAUGUGGUCAGAGACACAGCUCUCUACUCCAUGAGCCAAGCUGAAACUGACAGCUGGGACGAUAGCAGUUCAGUCAGCAGUGGGGUCAGUGACGCUCUGGACACAGAUGACCUCAACACCAGCUCGUCUCUCAGCUCCUACGUCAACACCCCCUCUGCUCCACGCAGGGACAUAGAGGAGCAGCUCCAGACGGAUGCAGAGAAGCGCUCAGCUGUCGAGCGAAGCGCUGUCUGGACCAGCGACGACCUCAGGCGUCCAGACGGCUGCUCAGACCCUGGCAUCAAGAUGGAUACUCAGUGGUGCAGUCCGACAGGUUUCAGUGAGGAAUCGGAACAUGGUUUAACAGGUCGUAAAACCUCCACCGUAUCUCAGACGGGCUCCUGGAGGCGGGGCAUGACUGCCCAGGUGGGCUUCACCUGUCCACGGACUAAGGCUCCAACCCCAACUAACUGCAGCUCACUGAAAGCUCUUGCUAAUGGCAAAACAGACGACGCCAAAGUGUCGGAGAAAGGUCGCUUCUCUCCACGGCACAACGGCCUCCUGCGUUCCCCUUCUGAACGACAGAUAUCUGCUGAUGAGGGCAAGAAGCCACCCUCCAGCUCCAGCUCCACUGCUCGUGCUCCCACUAGCACUUUUGGAUUUAAGAAGACUUCCAGCGGCACUGCCGCAGUAACAAUAACUAGUGGCUCUGCUACUUUGGGGAAACUCCCCAAGUCCUCAGGUUUCACUGGAACUCGUCUAAUUGGUCGGCAGACCAGUAUAGAUGACGGAUACGUUACUUCUAGUGCUCGGAACACCCUCCAGUACCGGAGUCUGCCCAGGCCUAGUCGUGCCAGCAGCAGCAUGGGCACAGUCCGCGGGACCAGUCGCACCACAACCACAGGUAUUGAUGCUAGCCUUAUCAGCAAGGGCACUGCCACUCUGCCCAACCCAAAGACCCGCAGCUCAGUCCGAUCCCCGACGGGCACCUCCAACCAGACGGACCGGGAGAAGGGCGUGCUGUCAGACACGGAGAGCUUGGCCUCAGGGCUGGCACACAAAGCCAGUGGCAGCGGUCAGAUGGGCAUGGCUGGGCAAUGCCAGCCUGGUAGACAAGUGGGAGGGAAGUACCCAGAUGUGUCAUCCCCUACCUUACGCAGACUAUUUGGGGGUAAACCAGGCACCAAGCAGGCCCCUGUGACCACCUCAGAGAACAUGAAGAAUUCCACUAUCAUCUCCAACCCUCAUGCUGCUUCGGUCCAACAGGGCAGCGCUAUUGGGAGCUCAGCAGCUAUUAGUGGAGGCAGCAGCGGUCUCCUGCGUGGGGACAACCUGGACCAGUCCUUGGUGGCCUCCAGCCCCGGGCCAGCCUUCUCGACCUGGGGAGGCAGAGACAGCUCAGAAUCUAUAGACGUGUCCACGGGAAAGGAUGAGGUGCCGUCUUCCUGUCUCAGCCGCACUGGCAGCAUCCGGACAGGCCUUUCAGACAGCCCCAUCUCUUCCCCUGCUGUUAGCCCCAAAUUCAGCCACAACACAUUGCCACUGAGACAGGACAGGUACGCCCACCUACCGCAUGGGCGAGGAAAUGAGGAUGCGCGUGAUUGGCUGCGCUCUCACUCUGCUGGUGGGCUUCAGGACUCUGGAGUAUCCCCCCCUUUUUCUCCUGCCUCCACACUCAGCUCACCCUCCGCAACACGCUUCAACUUCACUGCUAUUGGCAAUCCCACCACAGCUGCGCAGAUAAACCUGCGCACCCCCGGCAGCCUGGCCAAUCAGGAUGGGACGCUCGACCCACUCAGUGACCCUCGCCUGCGCAACUCUUCAAUGUCUCUGGAGGAGAAGAACCGCACCAUGAGCAGCUCUGGAUCGUUCCGUGAGCCGCUGGAAGAAGUACAUGGCUCUUCUCUGUCUCUGGUGUCCAACACUUCUUCUGCCUACUCCACACCUGAAGAGAAGUCUCAGUCAGAGAUCCGAAAACUAAGGAGAGAGCUGGAAGCGUCUCAGGAGAAAGUGUCCACCCUCACUACCCAGCUGAGUGCCAACGCUCACCUGGUGGCGGCAUUCGAGCAGAGCUUGGGAAAUAUGACCAUCAGACUGCAGAGUUUGACCACGACAGCAGAACAGAAGGACACAGAGCUGAACGAGCUGAGGAAGACCAUCGAGCUACUGCAAAAGCAAAACACUGCAGCUCAGGCUGCCAUCAGUGGAGUCAUCAACACACCAGACGCCCCCAGCAAAGACUCCUCUAGUGGUUCUCCCCGGUCAGUAGGUGAUUUGAGGAUCCACAGACAGCAUUCCUCCGACAGUGUGUCCAGCAUCACCAGUGCCACCAGUCACUCUAGUGUGGGCAGCAGCCUGGAGCUCGAUGCCAAAAACAAGAAGAAGAGGAAGAACUGGGUUUAUGAGCUGAGGAGCUCCUUCAAACAGGCUUUUGGGAAAAAGAAGUCACCCAAGUCGGCCUCUUCACACUCGGACAUUGAGGAAAUGACGGACUCAUCCCUGCCCUCCUCCCCCAGACUGCCCUACUGUCCCCCUGCCGCCGCUACCCUCCUCAGGCACUCGCACUCCAACUCACUCCCUCUUCUCUCCUCGCUCUCCGCUUAUGGAAGUGGAUGGGGCUGUAACAGUGCUCCCAUCAGGACCGCCUCUCUGGCACGUAUCUCUGAGUGUACAGACAACGAGGCAGAGGUGGUGAUGCAGCUGCGCAGUGAGCUGCGCGAUAAGGAAAUGAAGCUGACGGACAUCAGGCUAGAAGCUCUAAGCUCCGCCCACCAGCUCGACCAGUUCAGAGAGUCCAUGAAUCGCAUGCAAGUGGAGAUUGAGAAGCUGAAAGCAGAAAAUGACCGUCUGAAAAUGGACAGCAGGGGGAGCUGUAGCACAGCAACAUCACAAACAUCCAUUAGCCCGUCGUCUGUCGGCCUGUCCUCUCAGCUCAGCCUGACCGAGUCCACCAGCUUGGACAUGCUGCUGGACGACAGUGGAGAUGGCAGCUCUCGGAAGGAGGGGCGGCAUGUUAAGGUGGUGGUCAGUCUGGAGAGAGACUCCGAAUGGAAAGAGGACGGUAGGUCACGUGACUUCUUGAUUGGCUGUAUUGGCGUCAGCAGCAAAACCAAAUGGGAGGUUUUGGAUGGUGUGGUUAGACGCCUCUUCAAGGAGUACAUUAUCCAUGUGGAUCCACUCACACAGCUGGGUCUGAACUCCGACAGUGUUCUGGACUACAGUAUUGGAGACGUCCACCGCACAGACAAAGCAGAGACACCAGAGCUCCUGCCCUGUGGCUAUCUGGUGGGAGACAGCAACACCAUCUCUGUCAGGCUGAAAGGUGUGGCAGAGAACAGUCAGGAUGAGUUGGUGUUUGAGACGCUCAUCCCGAAGCCCAUCUUGCAGCGCUACGUCUCCCAGCUUCGAGAACACCGCCGCAUCAUCCUCUCCGGACCAUCUGGGACGGGCAAGAGCUUUCUGGCCAUGAGGCUAGCUGAACACCUGGUGCUGCUGGAGGGACGGACGCUGGCGGACCGGGUCAUCGCCUCCUUUAACGUGGACAACAAGUCCAGCAAGGAGCUGAAGCAGUACCUGUCCAACUUGACUGACCAGUGCAACAGCAGCAUGCAGGCUGGUGAACUACCUCUGGUCAUUAUUCUCGACAGUCUGCACCAUGUGGGCUCUUUGGGAGAGAUCUUUAAUGGCCUGCUGAACUGCAAACACCAUCGCUGUCCCUAUAUCAUCGGUACUAUGAAUCAAGCAACAUCAUCCCCAAAUCUGCAGCUUCAUCAUAAUUUCAGGUGGGUGCUCUGUGCUAACCACUCUGAACCAGUGAAAGGCUUCUUGGGUCGUUUCCUGAGACGGAAGCUUCUAGAAACCGAGAUCAGCAGUCGUGUGCGUAGCUCUGAGCUGGUGAAGAUCAUAGAUUGGAUUCCAUCCGUUUGGCAGCAUCUGAAUCGCUUCCUGGAGACACACAGCUCUUCUGAUGUCACCAUCGGGCCACGCCUCUUCCUGUCCUGUCCUAUGGCUGUGGAGGGCUCUCAGGUGUGGUUCACAGACCUAUGGAACUACUCAAUCAUCCCAUACCUGCUGGAGGCUGUGCGGGAAGGCUUGCAGCUUUACGGCCGAAAGGCAUCGUGGGAGGAUCCAGCUUGUUGGGUAAUGGAGAGUUACCCCUGGGCCUCCAGCCCCCAGCAACACCAGUGGCCCCCCUUGCUAAAGCUCCGGCCUGAGGAUGUUGGCUUCGAUGGUUAUGCCCUCGCCCGAGAGAACUGCCCGGGCAAGCAGGCCGCACAGGACGGCGCAGAGGGAGACCCACUGAUGAAUAUGCUAAUGAGGUUAAAGGAGGCGGCCCACUGCACCGGCCCGUCGAGCUACGACAGCGACUCCAACAGCAACAGUAACCAUGAUGACAUCCUGGACCCUUCACUGGAGUCUGCACUGUGAACUUCAGGCCCGUCAGACUAAAGAUCGUCUUUAUUUACGAACAGCAAAAGGGUUUUCUGACUGGAACAUGCGAAGCCGGUAGCACUGAAAAGUAGAACCGCUGGUCUACAGGAUCUGUAGAAACCAGAGGUGGUCAUGAAAGCAUCAUGAGUCAUAUUAGAGAGACGUUUGUGCCCUAAUCUCUAUAAAACUAAAGCUACAUUCGCAUUACAAGACUCAUUGCUCAAAUCCGA